UGCGAUCUGUCAACUUACCGAAUAAUCGGAGGUAGAAUGGGUUUAUGCUAUAUGAGCUAGUAAGAAAAUGAUCUAAAAAUGAAUAAUCGGGGCCAUGUACAACAACCAUAUUACAGUAAUUCAUUAGCUAUUCGGCAAGAAAUACAAAGAUUUGAAAGUGUACAUCCUAGCAUUUAUGCUAUUUAUGAUCAUCUGGAGCUUAUGCCUGAUCCUCUUCUAGCUCAACAAAUUCGGGAACAUGUUGUUUGUAUUGAAGACUCCUUCGUGAACAGCCAAGAAUGGACGCUGAGCCGUUCAGUUCCUGACUUAAGGCUGGGCAUUGUAGGGAGUCUUUCUAGUGGAAAAUCUGCUUUAGUUCAUAGGUAUCUUACGGGCUCAUACAUGCAAGAUGAAUCCCCGGAAGGCGGACGAUUCAAAAAAGAAGUUGUAAUCGAAGGACAAAGCUACCUUUUGCUAAUAAGGGAUGAAGGCGGUCCGCCUGAAAUUCAGUUUAGCUGUUGGGUGGAUGCAGUGAUUUAUGUGUUCAGCCUCGAAAAUGAAGCCUCUUUUAAUGCCAUCUACAAUUAUUAUACGAAGAUGUCGCAUUAUCGAAGUCCCGGCGAGGUGCCUUUAAUCUUGGUUGGAACUCAAGAUGCCAUUAGUGAAAGUAAUCCACGAGUUAUUGAUGACUCACGUGCUAGAAAAUUAGCUAGUGACCUUAAAAGGUGUUCCUAUUAUGAAACAUGUGCUACUUAUGGACUCAAUGUUGAAAGGGUCUUCCAAGAUGCAUGUCAGAAGAUAGUGCAACAGAAAAUGGCUGGUAUUAGCUCAAGACCCAGCACACCCAGCCAUACAAAUCGUUGUAAUAGUUAUGUUUCCAGCUCUACAUCCGUUGGUGGAAAUACAAAUAAUGGAUAUCAUCCAACUACAAGUGUAGGAACCACCACUCAUUCAGCUGUUUCAGCAUCUCCUAGUCAUCUUAGUCAUAUGCCUCCUAAUCAUGGAACAAAAGUAAACAUAGAUUGCUUGUAUAUUUCAGAAAUUGAUCGGGUAGAGGGAGUUACUUUGAAUACCAGAGAAACUAAAGAUAAACCAGAAAGAGCAAUGGGUGUUGAAGUCCUUGUUUCAAAUACUUUAGUUGUUCCAAAAGAUUCUAAAGAUUUGCCCACACCUUGUUCUACUCCCACAACAUCUCGGAAAACACGUCGACGGUCUAAUCUUUUUCCUGUAAGUAAAUACAUUCCUUUGAAGAAAUGUGAGGAUGACAAGAAAAAUAAAAACGGUGAAGUCGGUAGUGGUCGAGUGAUUCCUUUAAGGCAGGGAUAUCUGUACAAAAAAAGUUGUAAAGCAUUGAAUAAAGAUUGGAAAAAGAAAUAUGUAGCAUUGACAAGUGAUGGUAGAUUAACGUAUCAUCCUAGCCUUCAUGAUUAUAUGGAUGAUGUACAUGGUAAAGAGAUUCCUUUGAUGCAUACAACUGUUAAAAUUCCUGGACAGAAACCUAGAGGUUCACGAACGCCAGGAACAUCAACUAGUGCCUCAUCUCAUCAGGUCAAUGAGCUGGGCUCAGACCUUGGUAAUUUAUCUGUGGCUGGAGGUGUUCUAAAUGGGAGUGAAACUCAAUUAAUACCUGCAGUUCCCAGUACCAACCCUCUGCUGAGCAGAUUAGAUACACCUAUUGUUAAAAAACGGCAUAGACGAAUGAAAAGUACUGGACUCAGGAACAUGGAAGCGAUGGAUGAUUCAGAUGAUCAUGAGUUCAUCAUUGUGUCACUUGAUAACAAGCAGUGGCAUUUUGAAGCAUCUAGCUCUGAUGAUCGAGAAGCUUGGAUAUCAGCUAUUGAACAGCAAAUUUUGACAAGUUUGCAAGGCAAUGAAAGUUGUAAAUCAAAGGCUGGACGUAUAACCGCUGCUGUUGAUCCAGCAUCUAUUCAAGCAAUUAAAACCACUAUCUCAGGAAAUAGCCAUUGUGUUGACUGUGAUGUUUCAAACCCAGACUGGGCAAGUCUGAAUAUUGGAGCUCUAAUGUGCAUAGAGUGUUCUGGUAUUCAUAGAAAUUUGGGUUCACAUAUCUCAAGAGUCAGGUCACUAGAUUUGGAUGAAUGGCUGCCAGAGCAUGUGAGUGUCAUGGUAUCUCUUGGAAACACUGUAGCAAAUAGUAUUUGGGAAGGUAACACACGUGGUCGGGCUAAGCCUACUCCGAAUUCCAGUCGAGAGGAGAAAGAAAGGUGGAUACGAGCAAAAUAUGAAUUUAAAGAAUUUUUAGCUCCUCUACCUGCUAGUACUCCCAUAGGGCAGCAACUUAUUGAUGCAGUCUGUAAAAGUGAUAUAAAAGCUGUAGCACUUGUGUUAGCCCAUACCUCAUCUCCUGAGCAAGUUAACUCAACUGUUAGCCCCAGAGAUCAGAGAACUGCUCUUCACCUUACUGCAGCUUUAGGCAACUUACCAAUCUCUCAGCUUUUGAUAUGGUAUAAUGCCAAUGUAAAAGCUGUUGAUUCAGAUGGCAGAACAGCUGUAACCUAUGCUAAGAAUGGUGGAUUUCAAGAUGUCCAUGAUUUACUUGUCCACAAUGGAUGUCCAGAUUUAAUUCCUGCACCCACAUCAACACUUCCUCGUAGACGAGGUAGCUUAUCAAAAAAGUCCACAGAAGUGUUUGAUAAACUGCCUGCCAGUAUCAUCUAGUGAGACUUACAGCU